AGUCACCUCUACCACAUGAAACCAGGCAAUGAUACACGACUUUCAGAAUUUCUUCUUCUCGGAAUUUCAGAGAAAACAGAACUGCAGCCCAUCAUAUUUGGGCUUUUCCUCUCCAUGUACCUGAUCACUGUGUUUGGAAACCUGCUCAUCAUCUUGGCCAUCACGUCAAACUUCCACCUCCACACACCCAUGUACUUCUUCCUCUCCAACCUGUCCUUUGUAGACAUCUGUUUCACCUCCACCACCAUCCCAAAGAUGCUGUGGAACAUCCAGACCCAGAGCAAAGUCAUCACCUAUGAAGGCUGCAUCACUCAGAUUUAUUUUCUCAUACUCUUUGCAGUGCUGGACAUCUUCCUCCUGACCGUGAUGGCCUAUGACCGGUUUGUGGCCAUCUGUCACCCCCUGCACUACAUGGUCAUCAUGAACCCCUGGUUCUAUAGGCUGCUGGUUCUGAUGUCCUGGAUCUUGAGUGUCCUGAAUUCCUCUUUACACAGCUUGAUGAUGUUGCGACUGUCCUUCUGCACACACUUGGACAUCCCACACUUUUUCUGUGAACUCAAUCAAAUGAUCCAACUUGCCUGCUCUGACACCUUUCUCAACAACAUGGUGAUGUACUUUGCAGCUGUCCUGGUGGCUGGUGGUCCUUUUGCUGGUAUCAUGUACUCUUACUCUAAAAUAGUUUCUUGCAUACGUAGGAUCUCAUCAGCUCAGGGGAAGUAUAAAGCAUUUUACACCUGUGCGUCUCACCUCUCCGUUGUCUCCUUAUUUUAUUGCACGAUGCUAGGAGUGUACCUUAGCUCUGCUGCUACCCACAGCGCACACUCAAGUGCAACAGCCUCAGUGAUGUACAGCGUGGUCACACCCUUGCUGAACCCCUUCAUCUACAGUCUGAGGAACAAAGACAUGAAGAGGGCUCUGAAAACGCUGUUCGUGAAGGGAACUGUAUAAGGGCCAAACGUCACCCAAGGGAUGGAAAACCCGUGACUGAAGUGGUCAAAGCCGCAGAGAGGGCAGUUGUGACUAUCUGAUCAGACAGUGGAAGUAGAACUUGCUCUUUUUAAAAAAUUAAAUUCCUGGAAUUUCCAUUUCUGUGACUGUAACUUCUCUCUUCAGUUUACGGGACUCUCUUUAGUAAGCCUUCUGCUGCCUCUGACACACAACGGCUUCUCCUUGUCUUAUUCCUACUUUCCCAAAUUUACUUCAACCAUGUAUCAGAAA